AUGACGAUUCGUAACGUCACUCUAGUGGGGGGUAAUGGGACCCUUGGGACCGUGAUUCUGAAUGGCUUAGUCUCAGCGGGCACAUUCCGCGUCACAGUCCUGAAACGCAGUUCUUCCAAGUCGACGCUUUCGCAUGCUGAUAAAAUUCGCGUUGUGGAGAUCCCGGACGACCUGUCAGUCGACAGUGUCGCGGAAAAGCUUAAGGGCGAAGAUGCGCUGGUCGUGUCCAUUCCAGUCAGCGAUCCAGAGGAGCACAUUCGCUUGGCCGAAGCAGCUGCUGCCGCCGGUGUUAAGCGCAUAAUUCCAGCCGACUUUGGCAGCGUUGACUCUCGCGGCAAACGCGAGAGGGAGCUGGUGCAGCUCUUCGAGAAGAAGGUCCGAGUUCGCGAAAGGCUGGAGCAGCUGGCUGCUGAGAAUGAGAACUUCACAUGGACAAGCCUAGUUUGCGGACAUUUCUUCGACUGGGGCCUCAAGGCCAACUUUCUUCAUUUCAACCUCGAGAAGAAGAAGGCCGAGAUUAUUGACGACGGAAACAAGAAGAGUUCACUGUCUACAUUGGCCCGCAUUGCGGAGGCCACUGUCAGUAUUUUGCACCGUUAUGACGUCACGAAGAAUAAGAUGCUAUUUGUCCAAAGCUUCUGUGUUUCACAAAACGAAUGUCUAGAGUCAUUGAAGAAGGUCACCGGAAACGACUGGACAGUUGAGCAUCUUGAUUCCGAGGAGUUCAUCAAGAAGUACAAGGCUCUGGCUGAUGGCGGCGAUAAAGCUGCUAUUGAAGAACUAGUGUUCGUCCUGGGUGCUAUUGAUGGCAAUUGGGAGCCGAGAGAUGAAUUUGGCAUGAGCCUGCUUGGUCUGGAGAACGAGGACCUCGACACUGUUGUGAAGCGAGUCGUCGAGUCCACAUAA